UCUCCCCAUCACUCUCCUUUGCUCCUCUCUCUCUCUCUCUCUCUCUCUCUUCAGUGGGAGUGGAGUGGAGAGAAGAAAGAAAUGGCUUCGCCUCCUCAUUUCUUCCACCCAUGUUCUCGUAUUUCCCAUCCUGCCCCUAUUCUCCUCUUUCUUUUACUUCUUCUUCCUUCCGUGUCCCUGGGGGUUAAUGUCACAGCCCUCCUCGCGGCGUACCCGGAUCUCUCCGGCUUCAACCGUCUACUGAGCUCGACGCCGGUGGCCGGUGACCUCACAUGGCGGUCAUCGCUCACCCUCCUCGUCGUCCCCAACGCCUACCUGCUUCGCUCCGGCGACCUCGGCCGCUCCACUGCCGACAUCGCCGACGUCCUCCGCUACCACGUUCUCCUCGAGUACCUCUCCUGGGAGGAACUCCGCCGGAUCCCAGCCGCCGGCAAGCUCGUCACUACCCUCUACCAGACCACCGGCCGCGCCUUCAACGACCUCGGGGCCGUCAACCUUACCCGCGACUCCCGUGGCGGUGCCGUCACCGCCCGCUCCCCCGUCCCCUACUCCUCCUCCAACGCCACUAUCCUCUCCCUCGUGGAGUCGCUGCCGUACAACGUAAGUAUAUUUGCGGUGGAUGCGCUGCUGGUGCCGUACGGGUUUGACCUGGCGGCGUCGGAGACCCGGCCGGCGGCGCCGGUGAACAUCACGCGGGUGCUGGUCGACGGGCGGGACUUCAAUGUGGCGGCGUCGAUGCUGGAGGCGUCCGGGGUGGCGGGGGAGUUCGAGGCGGACGAGCGCGGGGCUGGGAUCACGGUGUUCGUGCCCACCGACGAGGCAUUCGCCGAGCUGCCGGUGACGGAACGGCUUCAGUCUUUGCCGGCGGAGCGGAAGUCGGUGGUGCUACGCUUCCACGUGCUCCACUCCUACUACCCGCUGGGCUCCCUGGAGUCCAUCGUGAACCCUGUCCAGCCGACGCUGGCCACCGAGGCGACGGAGGCCGGCCGGUUCACGCUUAACAUCACGCGGGCGAACGGCUCCGUGGCGAUCGACACCGGCGUGGUCCAGGCCUCCAUCACCCGGACCGUCUUCGACCAGAACCCCGUCGCCGUCUUCGCCGUCUCAAGGGUUUUGCUUCCAAAGGAGAUCUUCAGCAAGGAUUCGGCGGGCGGAGGGCCAAGGCCGGAGGUGGCUCCACCGCCGGCGCAGGCAGGGGCAUCCGCGCCGAAGGGGCCGGACGGGGUGGAAACGCCACCGACGAGGCUGUCAUCGCCACCGGGGUUCGAGGUCGGGGGGGACAUAAGAUCGGCCGCGUCCAGGUAUCGGGAUUCUAUCACCAAUGGAGUUGCUCUGUUGUGUAUAGGCUACCUCUAUCUACUACUGGUAUGAGAUCUGGGAUUCUUCUUCUCUUUUCUUCUAAAUUUUGUUUUUUUGUCCUUGGAUUUCGGAAUUUUGUAUACGAGAAUUCGAAUUCUGGCUGCAAAGCAGCGAUUUUUUUUCUUUCAUUUUCAAUAUCUUGGGGGUGAUUAUUAAUGGGGGAGGAAAUUUAAAUUUAAUUGGCUUCUUGUUGGAAUUGGAAUAAUUUGGGAGAAUUCUUCGACAAUUAGACUGC